GUUUGUCCCGCUUCUUGUUCCCUCUGCAUUUCUAAGCUCACACACCUUUCAGCCCUUGAUUCCCGAUCCCGUCAUCAUCACCAUUUCCUUUUUUUAAUUGCUCCCCGAAUCCCUGCCACACUCUCUCGUAUCUUCCAUCUCACUCUCGAUAUCCCUCCCCCGAACGGUUUUGUCGAUAAAUACCUUCGCCCUGGCCUCAUCAAUCCGUUCCUCGUCCCGCACAUUGCAGCGCACCCUACUCGCCACAGCAACAGCAGCGAUCAAGAAGCCAGCCCCUCGUCGUGUUUUUCACAGCAAACAACCAACAAACCCCCGCUUCUUCUCAACGACCCCCGCCAACCACUUUUCACAGACCCGAACGAAAAUGGGUGUCCACAACCUUGCAGAGUACGUAGCCUACCAUCAGGCCAAGCUGCGUGAAGAGCGAGCUCGGGAUGAUGCCCCUCGUCCCUCUAACCCCCCGAGACACGGCGUUGACCAAAUCCACAGCAAAUCCUCCUUCAAGACCUCGGUCUACGAGGCCGGCGCCGGCAAGCUCGUCGUCGUCGACUGCUUCGCGACCUGGUGCGGACCUUGCAAGGUCAUCGCCCCCGAGGUCGUCAAGUUCUCCGAGUCGCCCGAGUUCAAGGACAAGGUCGACUUUUACAAGAUCGACGUCGACGAGGUCCCCGACGUCGCCCAGGAGCUCGGCGUCCGCGCCAUGCCCACCUUUAUGCUCUUCAAGAACGGCGAAAAGGUCGGCGAGGUCGUCGGUGCCAACAAGAGGGCCCUCGAGCAAGCCAUCAAGGAAAACUUGUAGGCACGUUACCGCCGCUUCUCCUCCUCGCGGCGGCCGCCCCAGUCAGGUGACGAAAAUUUGAACAAUGAUGGAAUAGAACCAUCACUGUUCCUGAAGGGUCAAUGCCAAGUCAGUGACUCUUGGUCGUCGACGUUUGCCCAAAACGACGGUGGCUGGCGGUCGUGGUGCAAGACCCCGGGGGAAGAGAUUUCGACAAUUUCAAAAAUCACAAAAACACAAAGGCAAAAAAAAAGGAAUUGCACCGCACAGUGACAAGGAUGGGAUGGAUCGGAACCACCACCCGGGAGAAUCUGAACACAGAACAAACGAAUGCUGUGAAACGCAUCACCAGCAGCGCCAACAUGGGUCUAGUCAGUUUUCCAAGAAUAGCGCAAAUCUGAAAACAAUGACAAUGUCAAACAAAAGACAA